UCAGUAUUGAGUUACCACAAUGUUCACAUCAGUCUUGAAUAAACACAGAGUUUUCUAAAAUGUACAAAUUUCUGUACAAGUUUGUUUCCAUCUACAAGUCAAGGACACACAGAUAUGGGAUUAGUGCCAGCAAAGCAUGUAGUUAUAAGAAACUUUUUGAGCAAUGAGCCACUUCCGAAUAAAGUCAUAGAAACAAGACCAGAUUCACUUUCCUCUAGAGACAUCUAUGCACGGGAAGAUGGCCUGGUACUAUAUCUACCUCCCCUUAAUUUGCAAAAAGGUGCUAAAUCUAACUAUGAAAUUGUUCUGCACAGACCAACCACAGAAACACUACAUCAAAUUUUCAGCUUAUACCGCACACCCAGCUUAGAAGAAGCAGAAGGUAAAUUCAGAACUCUUAAAGAUAAAAUUCCAGUUUUCAUAGAGGUAUCCAAAGAGAUGUGCAACACAAAUGGUUUACAAAAAAUUUGUGAUGCCUUGGACAACCACCCAUCCUGGACUAUAGCACACCUUGCAGCAUAUUUUGCAUUAUAUGAUGCCUUUGGCAACACUAAGGUCAAUACUUUCUUGAAUAGCACAGACAUAGAAACAGGAAUGUCCCCUUUGCAAGUAGCUAUUUCUACUCAGAAUUUGAAAACUGUCCAAAUAAUGGUGCUUGCAAAUUGCUCUCUAGAACAUCUUGAUUAUGAUGCCAACUCAGUUUUUCAUUAUGCUGCCAGUACCACCAAAGAGAUUAUUGCUGUACUUGCACAAGGUUCCCCUCCAAGAUGCCUCAAUGGCCUCAAUAAGAAUGGUCAUACUCCCCUUCACAUGGCUUGUCUUGCUGACAAGCCUGAUUGUGUUAAAGCUCUUCUAUUGGCUGGGGCUGAUGUCAAUAUUACUGCCUUGAAAAGUGAAAAUCCCAAUCAACUACAGGACCGCGUCGAGCCGAGUUACGUCGGCAACUAUCUGCAGAGCAACCCGAACACCCUGUACCUGAAGGACAUGAAGAAUGGCGGCACGCCGCUGCACUGGGCGAACUCCAGGCAGGUCAUCGAGGCCCUGAUAGACGUCAAUUGUCACAUAAACGCUUUGAAUUUCGAGCUGAAGACCGCUCUGCAUGUGAUGGUGGAAAGGAACAGGUUAGAUUGUGUUGUGGCUCUUUUGAGCAGACAAGCGAAUGCUGAUUUGGGAGAUAAGGACGGUAAUACCCCGUUACAUUUAGCCAUAAAAGGCAAUAAUCCGGCAAUUAUCCAAGCCCUCAUAAUUUUCGGAGUCGAUCUGGAUAUUUUGAAUGACAAAGGAGAAAGUCCACGACAUUUGAUAACUGCAGAACAGGAACCGACUAUUCUAUAUUUAAUUUCUGCCGUUGGUGCAAAAAGAUGUACAUCGGAUACGCAACGUUGCACAGAUGGUUGCAAAUAUGAUGGCAAGUACGAGGGAAUCCCUCCUCCAAAGGUGAUCGGUCCGACGAAUCGCGACAUGCUCGACCUGGUGCUCUCGGUGGCCGGCAUGGAGACCGCCUCCGACCGCCAUAAGGACGGCGGCUUCCCGAAGAGUGGCCGACUGCUCUCCCUCGACGGCGGCGGCAUCAGGGGUUUGGUGCUGGUCCAGAUGCUGCUCGAGCUGGAGCGGGUGUUCGACAGGCCGAUCGGCCACUGCUUCGAUUGGCUGGCCGGCACCAGCACCGGGGGAAUCCUGGCGCUAGCGAUCGCCUCGGGCAAAACGAUGAAAGAAUGCCUGUGCCUGUACUUCCGCAUGAAGGAGCACGCCUUCAACGGCAUCCGCCCUUACAACAGCGAAAACCUCGAGACCAUCCUGAAGGAAACCUUCGGCACGGACACAGUCAUGUCGCAGAUAGAGCACCCGCGCGUCAUGGUGACAGGGUGUCUAGCUGACCGUAAGCCGGUGGAGUUGCACCUUUUCCGAACGUACGCCAGUCCUGGGGAUAUCCUCGGCAUGAAGCACGAUUCACCGUACGAGCUGCCGCCUCCGCCUGCGGAGCAGUACGUGUGGCAGGUGGGCAGGGCGACUGGGGCUGCCCCGACCUAUUUCAGAGCCUUCGGGCGAUUCCUAGAUGGCGGCCUCAUCGCCAACAAUCCCACCUUGGACGCCAUGACGGAGAUCCACGAGCACACGUUGGCCCUUAAGGCGAAAGGCAGGGAGACGGAAGCGGCGCCCGUCAGCGUCGUGGUGUCGCUGGGCACCGGCCAGAUCCCCGUCACGAUGGUCAAGGGCAUCGACGUGUUCAGGCCGGAGAGCCUGUGGGACGGCGCCAAGUUGGCCAUGGGGCUGUCUUUCCUCGGUAGCUUGAUUGUCGAUCAGGCCACCGCCAGCGAAGGACGAGUGGUGGACAGGGCGAGAGCGUGGUGCUCGACCAUCGGCGUGCCGUACUUCCGCUUCUGUCCGCAGAUGUCCGAGGAGGUGGCCAUGGACGAGAAGGCGGACGAGAAGCUGGUGCGCAUGCUGUGGGAGACGAAGGUCUACAUGCACGAGCACCUAAGCCACGUGCGGGAGCUGCGCGACAUCCUGAACAGGGGGUAAAGUGGAGGGGGGAUAUCAUUUCGAUCUGAGCUAACUGAGAUAUUUCAUAGAUGACAACUGGAAGUCAUCUCUACGACGUUUGUUGAUAAUGGUGAAAGAUUACUCGUGAAGGAUCAUGUUUAGGGCGUAUACAGGAUGUUUCAAAAAUUGCUGACCUCCUUGCUAGGGUAGGUAGAGAACACUGCAAAAUUAGUUGGGUUUAAAUACUGUCUGUAGGUUAAUCGAGGAGGUAGUACAUUCAUUUUACUUGAUUCUUUGGGAUUUUCUCUCCUCGUUUCUAUGAAAUAAAAAUAUUCGUAUUAUUUCAAUAUAUUUGUAGUGUCACUGCGUUUAACACAUUUUUCUAUCAGGGUGUCUAAAAGAAAAUAACAGUAGCUUGUCAGUGACAAUUCGUUUGAAAAUAUUUUUGAAGGAAAUAAAUAUAGGUAUAUUGAAAAAACAUCCGAAUUUUUACUUAUCUUUGGACGUUUUGGGACCGAAUCUGCUCCCGUUCUCAACAUGUAAAUGCAAAAUAUUUUUCUUUGAAAGUUGUGUUGCUUAUAGUUUGACACUUUUCAUAUGUCAACAUUAUGACAUGAUGAAAUGAAUUAGUGAAUGAGAAAUCAUUCACUCAAGUUUGGAUUUCUCUUUGCAAGAGGAUAUGUUUCUUGACUUUAAUUUUGAAUUGGGUGAUAUUUGUGCAACUUUUGAUGUCAUCAGAUAAUUUAUUGAAUUCUGAGAUAGCUCCUUGAGUGAACUUUUUUUAACCAAGUGUAGAAUUAGCAGCAUCAAGAUGAAACAAGUCAUAUUGUCUAAUAUGAUGUUCAUGGAUUCAGUGGCGGCUCGUGACUUUCAUGACAGAGGAGGCUGAAUGAUAUGAGAUUUAUUGUGAAAAACAACUCUCUACUCACCCAAAUCAAUAGCUUUAAUGACAUUCUGUUCACCAGUUAACCUGAACUUGAUACUUGAAGAGAUGUGUUCCUGUGAUU